AGAAAUACAAUGUCUAAACGAAGACAAACUAUUGGCAGCACUGCUUCUAUCACGGACCACAAAAAGUCCAAGUUCGAUGAAUCUGGAACUGAUUGUAACGGAGGUGCCAGUCGCCGACCUAACAAACAAACAACUCAGAAAAUGUUUGGAGGACUUCGGUGAAAUACCCGGUCCAGUUAUGCCGUCAACGAGAACUUUAUACGAGAGACAACUGGAGAAAUAUCGCAACGGACAAGUUGCCCCUAAAGAGAAUAAAACCACCGAUAAUCCUCCACUGAGACCUUCAUUUCAAUCCACUCCAGCCAGACCCGAAACUAAAGGAAAAUCUCUCGGAGCGAGGGCGUCUAAAAGAAAAGGUAAACUGGAGCUUGUGGAUGAUUCAAGCCCCGAAAAGCUAAGCCCAGUGAGUACCUCACCACCAGUGGACAUUGAGUCCCUUCCUGAGCCCCCCAGUGCUACCAGGAAUCCUCGUAUCAGUACACCUAAGAUUAAAUAACGUACACCACUCAAACCAACCAACCACAACCAUAUCAAUAUCGAGAGUCUUUCCAACAAAGAAGUCCGGGAUAUGCUUGUUGCCAAGGGGGAUACACCGGGACCAGUCAACGACAAGAACCGAAAACUGUACAAUGAACUCCUGGCUAAACACAUCCGGGGCGGCCAGAUUGGUAAUUCGGGAAGGAGGAUGUCAAGCGAAGGAAAUGGGGGUCCGAUCCAUUCGUCAACCAGGAUUGAUCAGGCUGGCGAAAGGUCCGGGAGAGCCAACAGGACCAGGCCUAUUGUAACCGGAAGUGGAAAUAACUUUCCUCAGACAAUCCACGAAGAGCUGGCAGACUACCCAGAACCCGAAGAUAUGGAGAUACAGAUAGACCCCUCCAUGUGUGUAUCCUAUGUCAAGAGCCCGUAUAAGAAGACAAGACGCAGUAUUUGCAAGGCGCAGUUCACUGACAUAGACUUUUUAGCGUUCUGUCCCUCCCCAAUACCCUCAGUGCGGCCCUCCUACUACCACGACCUCCACUCCUCGGGGGUUCAGGGCCUUGUUACUCAGGAUUGUAGCACUAUGAGUCUUGUUAAUGUUGUCAAGGCCGCGCAGGGUUCCGUUAGGAUCUACGCAGGCUUGACCGUGGACACCGUGGACGAGAGCCGUCUUGCAGUGUCAAACGCCCUACAAUGUGGUAGCGACGCCGUUGUUAUCAGUUUUAGUAAACACGACUGUUCAAAUGCUUCUUCGUUCGCUUUUACCAUCAAACAGCUGAUGGAGGGCCACUUGACGGCUUCAUACUUCUACCAUCACAACCCUGCCACAAAGGCCUGCCCCAUUAAAAUAUCCAAACUUCUUCUUGAACAGAACAAUGGAUUCCAGGGAGUGUUUAUCUCUCCAGAUACAGAAGAGCGACUACUUCUUUUGGAGUCUCUGGCGAUCAAGAUAUACGAGACAGAUACCACCAAAAUAUUGAGAUCUCUGGCUCAUGGCAUAGAUUCUUGUCUAGUUAUGAAGGAUUGAUUGCUAUGCCGGUAAUCAGAAAGUUAAAGGAGGAGUACUACGAAGGGAACACGUCAGAAUCCUGCAGACUUCAGCUCAUUUUGUGCAGAUUGGUAAGAGCGCUCACCAAACACGGUGACCUGCUCCCCUCCCUCCACACUGCUCUCAAAUUCCUGAACUUGGAACAGGGAGAACUACCAGUUCCUCUUCAACCCCUGAGAAACGAUGUGCUCCUACUCAAGGACCUGGCUGAACUUAAUGUGGACAAGUGGAAAUAGAAUUUAUUCUCCGAAUGUUGAUUGUUGGGGUUGUUAUGAGUUGUUUCGGGGUUUUUGUUGGGGGGGGGGGGGGGGGGCGACUUUAUUUAUUUGUUUGCAGGACCUGCGAAGUACUGAUAAGUCUUGUUGAUUCUGUUUUAUGUAUUAAGUUAUCUGUUAUAUAACCUUUUUUUUCGAUAACUGUUUUAGUAUCUUUUCAUUUGAUUUGAAAGAUAUUAUUUUACUUUUAGACUUUUUUAUUUAAAGACAUUCGAACUCAUUAUAUUACUUUUUAAUCAAUAUACAAAAUCUUUUUAGUCGAUUUUUAUUAUGGCAUUCUUUUAAUGCUCUAACACCAUGUAGUACAUUUUGUUUAUAAUAGUUGAUCAAUUUUCAUGAUCUUAGCAUAGAAACAUUCUGAAUGAUCAUCAUAAUAUGUAACAAUUAUCUUCCUAAGAAUCUUUAGUGCACUUAUAGUAAUUUAUUAAAUUUGCUAAGCGUUCA